GCGCUCCUCAGAUGGACGCUGUUAGCCGGAUUUCUCUACACAAAGAAGAAGAGCAGGAAGCGUCAGCAAAUAACAUCACCUGGCUGCUGGUCAGAAAUGGCUACAGGAGUGGAUCAAGCAGUUGGUAUGAGUCUUGUUGUCUUUAGCCUCCUGCUGUUUACAUACUAUUCUGUGUGGGUCAUCGUCCUGCCGUUUGUGGAAAACGAUCACGUACUGCACAAAUAUUUCCUGCCCAGAGAGUACUCGGUCAUUCUUCCAGGCAUUGCAGCAGUAAUACUGCUCCUCUGUAUAGGGGCCUUCACUGCAGUUAUCAUGUGGAAGAAUCGCAAACCGAAGAAAGUGGACUAAUUUCAGGAUGUGAGAGGGACUGCUGUGGAUUUAUACUGUCAUACAACCAAAAACUUUAACUGCAUUUUCUAGUAAAUUGUCCUGUGUAUAUAUAUGUAUGUAUGUAUAUAUAUAUAUAUAUAUAUAUAUAUAUAUAUAUAUAUACACACACAUAUAUAUAUCUUAGAAAAUAGUUUUUCUAAGAUAUAUUAUUGAUUCAACUCAUUUAGAGCUGAUAAAAAUGUCUAUGUGAUGAAUUUGGAAACUGUCCACUUUGGAAAUCAUGACCGGCAGCAUUGGAAAAGAAACAAAGAAUGAAUUCACUGAAGACAAACAGACUGAAUUGGUUUCAUUCUGGAAACUAAGACUUGGGCCAUCAGAACAAGUUGCAUGUAAAAAAUGUACAGGUUUGAAUGUUUUCUAGCAUUGUGUCACCUUCACCUACUGGAUCAAAUUUAAUAUGGUUAUGGGACAAGAUAUACUUUAUAAUAUCCUCUUGGAAUGUGAAAUAUUUCCAUUGACAAUGUAAACCCUUGUGUUUACACUAGUGUUCAAAAAUUUGGGGUCACCCACUCAAUUUCAUGUUUUCCAUGAAAACUCACACUUUUAUCCAUGUGCUAACAUAACUGCACAAGGGUUUUCUAAUCAUCGAUUAGCCUUUUAACAUCAUUAGCUAACACAAUGUAGCAUUAGGACAGAGGAGUGAUGGUUGCUGGAAAUGUUCCUCUUUACCCCUAUUUAGAUAUUCCAUUACAAAUCAGCCGUUUCCAGUUACAAGAGUCAUUUACCGCAUUAACAAUGUCCAGACUGGAUUUCUGACUAAUUUAACAUCAUCUUCAUUGAAAAAAAUGCUUUUCCCCCCGAAAAAUAAGGACAUUUCUAAGUGACCCCAAACUUUUGAACAGCAGUGUAUCAACCUACUCUGUAUUCUUAUGGAUGUAUUUGAGUUUAAAAGCAUAUAGGCUGUAAGGUGUGGUUCAUUAAUAUUAGGGAGGCUCUCCAUAGGUGGUGUUACAACACAUAACAGUGCAACUGCCCAAGAGCUGAUGCAAUGACACGUGUUACCUUGCAACUGAUAUGUGACUUCAUAGAAUACAAUAGCAGUGGGUGUUUUGAUGUGAGCCCCUAUGGGUCUGGGGGCCCCAGAGCAGCUAUUGGGUUUGGACAUUGUUCAGAGACAGUAAGUAAGGUGAAAGGGACAGGUGGAUACUAUUGUUGCUGAUCACUCUUCUUAUCAGCAGCUAGAGUAGCAGCAGAACUGCACACCUCAUCUAGAUGAUUAACACCUUAAUAUACCACGUGCUCCUUCCCCUUUGAUUUUCCCUUACAUAGCAUUAGGAUUUUUAAAAGUAUCUCACCCCUCACUGUGUGACAGUAUCAGGUUUUUCCAAACCUUUAUUAAAUCUCCAGUAUAUGAUGGUUACACUACAACAACAGCUUUUCAUAGAAUGCAACCAUUUUGUUCUAUGAUAACUGUUCUACAUUUUUGCAACUUUCUUGUGUGUUUUUAAAAAUGAGUCAUCACACAUUUGUAGAAAUGUUCCAGACAUCUUUAGACCCACUUCCAAUAAAUUUCACAAUUCAGUCUGACACAUUUGGCAUCUUUGGAAACUGAGUUCUACACUGGAAUUUUGAACUACAUUUUCCUGUUGUGGGUUUGAACAAAAUACACUUUUUCACAAUGUGUCACGAUGCGCCAAACCUUUGAGCUUGGUCAGUGUGUGUAAGUGGAGCUGACUCACUCUGUUUGUCAGCAACCUUAUCACUUACUCAUUGCCUCUUCAGUCUUAUGUUUCCUCUGACUCCUCAUCUCAGUGUUUGUUUACACCAUACAGACAUCUGAAAUAUAUUUCCCCCUUUAUUUGGUUAGUUCAGUGUUACUUCCAAUGAGGCAAAAAAAAAAGAAAAGCUGCACAAUUCUUGGGAACGCAUCUGCAGGUUGGAAGAAACUAACAGAACUCUGACUCACUCUCUGUGCCACCUUAAAAACUACAAACCACACAUAUUGAAUCAAUAUUUACAAAAGUCACAGCAGAGCUCUCUCAACUCUGAAAAAAUUGUUAAUGCCUCAUAUAUAAUAUUCAAUAAAUAAGAAAAAUAUAUAUUUUUUUUUACAUUUGGGCCAAUCUGGUGAUGGACAGUAGUGGGGCAGGGUGGCAGGAAUUUGUGUCAUUUGUGAGAAGAAUGACAAGAGACUGUAUGAAUACUAUGACUAGAAAUGUGUUUUUCUAAUGUGUCAGAGUGUACAUGAGGUAACUUGUUUUUAUGCAAACCAACAUUUUAUCAACAAUGAGUGUGGAAAUGGGGCCAGUGGUCCUUUCUGUUGAAUAAAAUGUAGAAGCUG